AAGAGCGUCCUCGCAGGGUGUGGUGGGACAGCACAGUCCUCCGGUGGAGGACUCACUUAGAGCACCAGCCAAGCUCCCCCGGCUGGCUUGGCUUGGCUUGGCUGACUGGGGUUAGCUAGCGGCAGUGGCAGAAGUUGCCUAGGCCAGCGUCUCCGACCAACAACACGGUGUCGUUCGCCCUUUAAUCGUCGUCGGCGGCGUGUGUGUCACCCUCACCGGCCGCGGCGGUUCUCGUCGUCGGUCCGCUAAAGUAAACCAUGGGCUCGCAGACCCUCCAGAUCCUAAGGCAGGGGGUCUGGGCUUCAAUCACCGGCGGGUGGUACUACGACCCCGACCAGAAUACGUUCGUCAACGCACUCCAUCUCUACAUCUGGCUCUUCCUGCUAUGCUUCCCCUUCACGCUGUACAUGGCGUUGCCGUCCACCAUGGUCAUCGUGGGCAUCUACUGCGGCGUGAUCGCCGUCAUGUUCCUGCUGCUCAAGAUAGUCAUCUACCGGCUGCACCACACCCUGGACGAGGGCGAGGUGGUGGAGUUGCAAGCCAAGAAGACGCAGGGUGGCCGAGGCGGCGUCGAGGGGGCGCGCGACAGUGGCGCCACCCGACGUCAGGACAGCAACGGCCCGGGCGACCCUGGAGGUGGGAUCGAGAUGGCCGACUUUAUCAGGCAAGAGACCCCGCCGGUGGACUGCAGCUCGCGAAACUCCUACAUUGGGAUGGAGCAGCAGACGGCGUCCACCCCCGGGAGAACGACGGGAGCCAAAGAUGUGGGAAAGACGUCAGAUGACAUCAGCUUGACUCUGGUGGAGAGCUGCAGUCACGAUCACGAUCUGCUCUCAGACACAAAGAUGUACUGCUUGGUUCCCAACGACUCCUUUGGCUCUCUGCAGCCCUCCACUUCCUUGUGCCCGUCCGAGCUGUCGCGAGAACCCGCCGAGCUCUGCAAUUCCACCGCGUACCACUGUAGCCUGUCCCAUGAGGAGACCGCCCCUCAUGUGUCCUCUCAGUCGCAGACCUUUAGGAAGGAGCCCCGUUCACGUGGCCUGCCUCGGACCUCCAGCUCGGCAGGGUCCGCCUUCACCGAACCCGGCCUGCCGGACUUUGCACUCUAUCCGCCCCCCAGGAGGGGCUGCCUGGAUCCCGUGUGCGAGCUUGAGGCCGCCCGGCCGCAGCGGGAGGCAGAGGAGCGGCUCUACCAGCAGGACCAAGCAGUGGCCUCCACCUCAGGGCUGGAAUGUUACAGGCACAAAAACCUACAGAGGGUAUCCCGCUCCGUUUCCAGGGAAGCCGGAGAGGGCGGCUCAGGUUUGUACCAGGCGGACGCGGGUGGCAGCGGGAAGGGCCCCAACGUCGGGGGCAAAUCCCGGCGGGGCGAGCGCAGUGCAGAGAGCCUACGCAGCCUGAGCACGCGCAGCAGCGGCUCCACCGAGAGCUACUGCAGCGGCACCGACCGUGACACGAACAGCACCAUCAGCAGCUUCCACAGUGAGCAGACUAGCUCCACGCACGUGGAGAGCCUGCUGUCACUCGUGGGGGACGAGCGGAUACAGGACCGGGUGGAAGCGGUGGCCGCCCACGCUGACAUCAGGGCGUGCUCCCGGGGCGUUGGCAGCCUUCCCUCCAGGGAGGCCAAUAAAAACCCACACGCAAACGAGCUGACUGCUAACCAGCCGGGAACGGCCGGGUCCUCGGCACCUCCCGAGCUCACCCAGGGCAGCAGGAGUUCAGAAGAGCCAGGCACAAGGACCAGUGCCGUUGGUUCAGUCGAAGUGGUCGCAACCGACCAUGUUCAGUCAAGCAACCUCGUUCAGAGAACUUGUUCCUUGUCCGCCGGCCGCAGUGGGCGGCGGCGGACAAGCAAGAAACGGGCGAGCAGUUUUGACAGCAGCCGCCACCGGGACUACAUGUCGAAGCGGGGGAUGGCCAAGCCUUGUAGCGCCGUGUUCAUCGGGGGCGGUGGAGAGGAGGACUCCAGUGACCACAGUGAGCUCAGCUGUACCUUCAGCCUACCCUCCGCCCGCCACCUGAGCACGGAUAGCUCCUCCAGCGCUACUUCGCGUUCCUGCCACUCACCCGAGGGGCUCUGCCGGGCCCUCAAAGCCAAGCACACCGCAGCCAAUGUGGCCUCCUCUGCAGCGUUGGAGGCGGGAGCACGGGCGGGAGGGAGGCGCCGCGCCUCCCGGCGGACCCCCAGCACAGGCAGCGCCAAGACGCACGCCCGGGUGUUGAGCUUGGACAGUGGCACCGCCGCCUGCCUUAAUGACCCUACACGCCUCAGCGCUCCCGCCCGGCCCCGGCCCCUCACCACCUCCAAAUCGGACCUGGAAGCCAAAGAAGGGGAGGUACUGGACGCCGCCUCUUUGAUGGGUCGCGCCACUCAACUCGAGUCGGUGACGCGCUCCAGGAACAGUCUGCCCAACCAGGCCGUGUUCACGGAGACUCAGGACGCCAGCCCUUCUUGCAUGCGGGCCCCGGGCAGCGAGGAGACAGUGGUGUUCCGCCGCGAGCGGAGCACGUUUCGCCGGCAGGCGGUGCGGCGACGGCACAACGCGGGUAGUAACCCCACGCCGCCUUCCUCCCUCAUUGGCUCUCCCCUCAGUCUCCAGGAGGCACUCAGCCAGGCCUCCCAGCCUCCCGCCUGCCAGGCCAUAUCUACUCAGCCGUCUCGCACCGCCUCCCAGGUGACGGUGCUCAGCGCCAGCGCCUCCCUGCUGGCCAGAAACGGAAGCGCACACCUGGAGGGCUCUCAGGACAAGGCUUCGACGGUCGGCGCCAGCAGCUUGCAGGAUGACCUCGGCAAACUCACGCCCUCCUUGUACGAAGCUGCCGGUUGCGACAUGUCCCUGGUCAACUUUGAGCCUGCCACUAGACGAGCCUCUAAUAACAUUUGGGACACCGACUCCCACCUCUCCAGUUCUACCUCAGUUCGCUUCUACCCUCAUGACCUGCUCUCUUUCACCCAGAUCCGCCUGAACCGCCUGCUCACCAUGGACCCGGAGCUGCUGGAGCAGCAAGAUGCCGACCUGAGCCCGGAGCUGCAUACUGUGUCACUGGGGCCCGACGACCCGGCGUCCGCCGCCACUGUCGGCAAGGCCAAGCAGUACUACCGCCUGUGGCUCAUGCCUUACCUGUGGGUGGGCCUGCACUUUGACCGCCUCACUCUGCUGGCGUUGUUUGAUCGGAACCGAGAGGUUCUGGAGAACGUGCUGGCCGUGGUGCUGGCCGUCCUUGUGGCCUUCUUGGGCUCGGUGCUGCUGGUGCACGGCUUCUUCACCGACAUCUGGGUCUUUCAAUUCUGCCUCGUCAUUGCCAGCUGCCAAUAUUCGUUGCUCAAGAGCGUUCAACCUGACUCCUCCUCCCCGCGACAUGGCCACAAUCGCAUCAUCGCCUACAGCCGGCCCGUGUACUUCUGCCUGUGCUGCGGACUCAUCUGGCUGCUGCACUACAGCAGCCUGAGGACCAGUUCCUCGCGCUUUACGAUGUACGGUGUCGCUCUCACCAGCUCGUUCGUCCUUGCCUCCGCCAGGGACCUCGUCAUAGUGUUCACUCUGUGUUUCCCCGUCAUCUUCUUCAUGGGCCUGCUGCCACAGGUCAACACAUUUGUCAUGUACCUCUUUGAGCAGCUGGACAUCCACGUCUUUGGGGGCAACGCCUCCACCAGCCUGCUGUCAUCGCUUUACAGCGUCCUCCGCAGCGUACUCACAGUCGCUCUGCUGUACGGCUUCUGCUAUGGCGCCUUGAAGGAAACCUGGGAGCCUCAUCACAUCCCUGUGCUCUUCUCCGUUUUCUGCGGCCUGUUGGUGGCCGUGUCCUACCACCUGAGUCGGCAAAGCAGCGACCCGUCUGUACUCAUCUCGCUGAUACAGUCGAAGAUUUUGCCCAACCUGAGAGACAGCAAUCCGGAGGACCCCCUGUCGGAAGUGCAGGAUCCCCUGCCCGAGAAGCUGAGGGCCACAGUGAACGAGCGUCUACAGUCCGACUUGAUUGUCUGCGUGGUCAUCGCCGUGCUCUACUUCGCCAUCCACGUCAGCACCGUCUUUAUCGCCCUGCAGCCCUUCCUGAGCUACGUGCUGUAUGCACUGCUGGGCACAGUGGGGCUGCUCACGCACUACCUGCUACCCCAGGUGCGCAAACAGCUGCCCUGGUACUGCUUCUCACACCCGCUGCUCAAGACCAAGGAGUAUUACCAGUUUGAAGUCAGGGACGCGGCUCACGUGAUGUGGUUCGAAAAGCUGCAUGUGUGGCUGCUCUUCGUGGAAAGAAACAUCCUCUAUCCGCUCGUCAUCCUCAACGAGCUGAGCGGCAGCGCCAGGGAGCUCGCCAGCCCCAAACGACUGGACACCGAGGUGGGGGCACUGAUGAUCACUGUGGCAGGCCUGAAACUGCUGCGCUCGUGCUACAGCAGCCCCACCUACCAGUACAUCACCGUCCUCUUCACCGUGCUCUUCUUCACAUUCGACUAUCGACACAUGUCGGAGACACUGCUGCUGGACCUCUUCCUCAUGUCCAUAGUCUUCAGCAAGUUAUGGGAGCUUUUCUACAAGCUGCACUUUGUCUACACCUACAUCGCGCCCUGGCAGAUCACGUGGGGCUCGGCUUUCCACGCCUUUGCUCAGCCCUUCGCUGUACCUCACUCAGCUAUGCUCUUUGUCCAGGCCCUGGUAUCAGCCAUCUUCUCCACCCCCCUCAACCCCUUCCUGGGCAGCGCCAUCUUCAUCACAUCUUACGUCCGGCCCGUCAAGUUUUGGGAGCGCGACUACAACACCAAAAGAGUGGAUCAUUCCAACACCAGGCUUGCCUCGCAGCUAGACAAGAAUCCAGGCUCGGACGACAACAACCUCAACUCCAUCUUCUAUGAGCACCUGACGCGCUCGCUGCAGCACAGCCUGUGCGGUGACCUGCUGCUGGGCCGCUGGGGCAACUUCAGCACAGGUGAAUGCUUCAUCCUGGCCUCGGACUACCUCAACGCCCUGGUGCACCUGGUGGAGAUCGGCAACGGACUGGUCACCUUCCAGCUCCGAGGGCUCGAGUUCCGAGGUACCUACUGCCAGCAGAGGGAAGUUGAGGCCAUCACCGAGGGGGUGGAGGAGGACGAGGGCUGCUGCUGCUGUGAGCCGGGCCACCUUCCGCACGUCCUCUCCUUCAACGCCGCCUUCGGGCAGCGGUGGCUGGCCUGGGAGGUGCUGGUCACUAAGUACGUGUUGGAAGGCUACAGCAUCACUGACAACAGCGCCGCCUCCAUGCUGCAGGUUUUCGACCUGCGACGCAUACUUACCACCUACUAUGUCAAGGGUAUCAUCUACUACGUGAUCGCUUCGCCCAAGCUGGAGGAGUGGCUGUCUAACGAGACCAUGAAGGAGGGUCUGCAAGCAUGCGGUGAGAGGAACUACGUGGACCUGGAUCCCACCUUCAAUCCCAACAUCGAUGAGGACUACGACCACCGACUGGCCGGCGUCUCCAAGGACAGUUUCUGCAGCGUUUACCUGGGCUGGAUCCAGUACUGCAACUCUCGUAGGGACAAGCCUCUGGACAACAAGAGGGACUCUCCCCUGGUGCUGCUUUGCUUCGGCCUGUGCGUGCUGGGAAGGAGAGCGCUAGGAACGGCGGCUCAUCACAUGUCCAGCAACCUGGAGUCUUUCCUGUACGGGCUUCACGCUUUGUUUAAAGGAGACUUCCGCAUCUCUUCGACACGAGACGAGUGGAUCUUUGCCGACAUGGAGCUUCUCAGGAAGGUGGUUGUGCCUGGCAUCCGAAUGUCCCUCAAACUUCACCAGGACCACUUUACCUCGCCGGACGAGUACGACGAGUCGGCGGUGCUCUUCGAGGCCAUCUCGACCCACCAGCAGAACCUGGUCAUUGCCCACGAGGGCGACCCGGUGUGGCGCAGCGCCGUGUUGUCCAACGCCCAGUCGCUGCUCGCCCUGCGCCAUGUGCUUGACGAGGGCACUAACGAGUACAAGAUCAUCAUGCUCAACCGUCGAUACCUCAGCUUCAGAGUCAUCAAGGUGAACAAGGAGUGCGUGCGGGGCCUGUGGGCGGGGCAGCAGCAGGAGCUGGUGUUCCUACGGAACCGCAACCCUGAGCGUGGCAGCAUCCAGAAUGCCAAGCAAGCGCUGCGCAACAUGAUAAACUCAUCGUGCGACCAGCCCAUCGGCUACCCUAUCUACGUGUCGCCGCUCACCACCUCCUACUGUAACUCGCACCCGCAGCUGGGCCACGUCCUGGGUGGGCCCAUCAGCAUCGCCAACAUCCGCAACUUUGUGGUCGGCACCUGGCACAGGUUACGAAAAGGCUGCGGUGCAGGUUGUAACAGCGGAGGGAAUAUCGAGGAUUCUGACGCUGGCGGAAUGUCCUGCGGCAGCGGGAGUGGGAUGGCGGGCGACUCACAGCAGAGCUCCAUGUCGCAGGGUGGUAAUUCCGGACCCGGCGGUCCUCACUCGUACCAGCAGCACGCUCUAGGCUCCAGUCAGAGUUCGCAGUCCGUCCAGUCUAGUCUGGUGCGCCACUCCCCAGCCCGGGCCUCCAUGGCCAGCCAAUCGUCUUCGUAUCGCUACGGCGGCAGCAGCCGCCACUCAUCGCUGCGCACGUCUGCCACUGGCCUGGAAGCAUGCCGGCGUUCCUCCACCAGCCAGCUGUCCCUUCGCACGCUGCCCACCUCACUGCAGCUGCGGCUGGGCUCCACCUCGGACCCGGCCGGCCCAUCUGCGUCGCUUUCCAGCCACAGCAUCCCACCAUGCAAGCGCCACACGUUGGUGGGCCUCCUGGGGAAUGACGGCCUGUGCGCCGUGGUGACAGACCCCCUCGGCCAGCAUCACCAUCACCACCACCACCAGCAGCAGCAGCAUCUUCAUCAUCACCACCCGUACCACCACCCGCAGCAACAUAACCCUGUCAUCUCCACAGUGCGUAGGGAUGACAUCUCCUACAGAGUGCAGAUUAUGGACCCGACUCAGGUGCUGGAGAACCUCAACGUGUCCAAGCGGAAGGAGCUGCAGUGGCCCGAUGAGACCGUGAGACUGCGGGCAGGGCGGACCUGCUGGAGGGACUGGAGCCCCCUGGAGGGCAUGGAAGGACAUGUGAUUCACCGGUGGGUGCCUUGUAGCCGCGAGCCGGCCAACCGCUCCCACUUGGACAAGACCAUCCUGCUGGUACAGGUGGACGACAAACUUGUGCCCAUCAUCGAGACAGGUGUCAUCGAACUGGGCGCUGAGGUUUAACGGGAGACGAAAAUACCAAGCACACCAAGAACAAACACAGGACACGGGAGUGCUUGGAAUUGAACCGCAAAUGAAAACGUGCAAGCCGAAGCAGGGUACGCUUUUCAGGGCUAACGUUAGCUGUCUGACACAUUGUGUGAUGUCACGCAUGAAGUUGACCUCUGCUAACGGCUAACUAGCCGCUAUUGACACACAUUACUGAAGGUUGUGCUUGUUUUCUACUUUGUGUGGCAUCAAACAGUGGGGUCGACUGCUUACAAUAGCUGUUAACUGCUAACUAGCUUCUACUGUCGCUUGUUAUCGAUGGUCGAGCUAAUGGCUAGGUAGCCGCUAAUGGGUAAAUAGAAGGUAGAAGAUUGUGCUUUUUCGACUGGGCAUGACAUUGAACAAUGUGCUUCAUGCUAACUAGCGGCUAUCGUCAUUUGUUAGAGAAGGUUGUGUGCAUUUUCAACUCUACGUGUGGCAUCACAGUGUGGUCGACUGCUAACUAUAGCCGCUAACUAGUUGCUGCCGUUGCUUGUUAACGGCGGUUUAGUUAAUGGCUGGGUAGCUGCUAAUGGUUAAAUAGAAGGUAGAAAGUUGUCCGUUUUAGACUGCGUAUCAUCACAAUGUGGUUGACUGAUAACGCUAGCUGCUAUCAUCGCUUGGUAUCGAAGGUUGAGCAUGUUAUCAACUUUGCUUUUGACAUGGCACUAUGUGGCCGACUGCUCACAUUAGCUGCUAAUGCCUACUUACCCGCUGUAUGACUUGAUAACGAAGGUCAAGCAAAUAGCUAGUAGCCAUUAACGGCGAAGUAGCGACUAUCGUCGCUUAUUAUAAAAGGUUGUGUGUGUUUUCGAUUACAAGAGCCUCAUAUUUAUUUGGUGACGUUGCGCAAUGUGGUCAGCUGCUAACGGUAGCACGCUAACUGCUAGCUAGCUGUUAUAGUUGCUUGUUAUCAAAGGUUGCACAUUUAUUGACUUAAUGUGACAUCGCACAAUGUGGUCAACUGCUAAUGUUAGCAACUAACUAGCCCAAUCUCAACAGAGGACAAUUUUAUGUGUCUGCUAAGUAGCCACUAACAGCUAACUGGCAGAUAUUGUCACUUGUUAACGAGAGCUAUAUAGCCGCUAUCGUCACUGGUUACCAAAGGUCGAGCGUGUCAUCGGCUUUACGUGUGGCAUUGCAGAAUUUGGUCAACAGCUAAAAUUAUCAGCUCACGGUUAAGUAGCCGCUAAAGGCUAAGCAGCAGCUUUCGUCGAAACUAGAGCGUGUAAUUAACUUUUCAUGUGACAUCGCACAAUGUGGCUGACUGCCAAAAGGUAACUAGCAGGUAUUGUCGCUUGUAACCACCAUUGCACAGUGAGGUUGACUGCUAAUGAUAAUCGCCAGCAACUACCUUAUCGACUUUACGCGUGACAUGGCACAGUGUGGCCUAACUAGCCACUGUCAGCUAACUAGCCCUACCUUAUUUCAAUUUUGCUAAGUAGCCAGCUACGAUCACUUGUUAUAGAAGUUUCACAAUCUGGUCGACUGCUUACAUUACCCGCUAAUGGCUAACUAGUCGCUGUCAUUGCUUGUUAUCGAAGUUUGAGCAUAUUAUCGACUUCAAGUGUGACUAAGUGCUAAUUUCUAGGUACUGUCACUCGUUAGCCAAGGUGCAGCUAAUGGCUUAAUAACAGCAAACAGCUUACAUUCGGCUAUUUUAAAAUGUUAUAGAGGGUUGUGCUUGUUUGCGAUUUUGAGGUCAACUGCUAAUGUUAGCCACUAGCGGCUAAGUAGUCGCUAACUGUUAAGUAACUGAUUACCACUCGUUUAAAAAAAAAAAAAAGUUUCGCGUGCCAUCAAUUUUUACAUGUGACCAGCCAACUGCCAGGAUUGGGCACUAACAGCUAACUAGCCGCUAUCGUCGCUUGUUAUCAAAGCUCAAGCACGUUAUUUACUUUGCGUGUGACAUCGUACAAUGUGGCCAACUGCUAACGUUAUCCGGCUAAGUGGCUGCUAUUGUUACUUAUUGAAAGUGAAACCUGAUGUCGAUUUUACGUGACAUCGUACAAUGCGGUUCACUGCUAAUGUUAGCUGCUAACGACGAAGUCGCAGUUAACAGCUGCUAUCGUCACUUGUGAAAAGAGGAACUUAAGAGUUCUCCUCCUCCCCCUCCCCCAGCUGAGGGGGAAAUGAACCACAGGGGAAAAAGUGCAAGUCGAGGCAGACUUUUUUUUUUUAAUUAUUAUUAUUAUUAUUUUUAUUUAUAUAAGCGCCUCCCUACCUUCUUCCUCAUUGUCACAAUCUGCCUUGCUUUUAUCGUCUUGGGAAAAAUGCUGCAUGACAGUCAAAGCUCAUUGAUUUCUAUGCAUUUUUGUUGAUAAAUUUUUUUGUUAAUACUUUGCCAAAUAUGCCUGGUAAUGACAUUUCUGCUACCACCCGUACCCCGCCCCGUUGCCAUGACGACAGAGGACGUCUCAUUGUAGUCAUUCCACUCGGAUUAGUUUGAAAAUAUUGACUUGCACUAUAAUUUUUAUUUACAGUGAUGCACUACAAUCGCAAGUAUGUUUGUAUAUCAUUUUAUAUAUAUAUAUAUAUUCUCGCUCAGAGUCCAUAGGCUCCAGCACGCCCGUGACCCUAGUGAGGAUAAGCGGUACGGAAAAUGGAUGGAUGGAUAUAUAUUUAUAUAUCUCACACACGUAUUUAUUACAACAGACUCUGAAUGGCCGUGGUUAUACCGAUGCCUUGGAAUGACGAUUCAAAUGCAAUCACCCUUCUUUUUUCUUUUACUGACUUGAAAAUAACUUUUUACUGUAUAUUCAUAUAUAAAUUUAUACACACACACACACGUAUGUAUAUAUGUGUGUGAGUGUAUAUGUGUGUGUAUAAAAUGUGUAUAAAAUAUUUAUUACUGUGAACAUGGUAUUUACACUAUGCUUUUUGAGAUUGCGAAAAAAAAAAGGUUGUUUUAAGGACCAUGGGGUUGAAAACAAGAUGCAGAUAUUUUUUUUUUGAUGGAUUGUUUAAAUAUUUAACUUAAUUGCUUUUCUAUAUUGAGAAAUAAAAGUUUGAUUUAUUGCAGA